AUGUCAGACAUGUGUGCAGUGUACAAAGUUUCCUCCUCUGUGAAGGUGAAGCAGCUGGAGGCAGAGCUGUGGAGUCACCUCUCUGCACUCAAGGCAGAGAUUGAAGAGAAUAGAGGAACAGGAUCUUCUAAUGCCUACAGAAAAGAUGAAGCACCAGGAAAGGAUUGUGGGGAAAUUGCGCAUGAAAGACAACAGGCUGAUGGACUACCACUCCACACAGUUCACCUGGAGCAGUUCAUGCCCGAGCUGGAGUCCCUGCUCGCCUACUUCUGCCUGCCGUAUGACUCAGGAAAUCUGAAAACCACUGCAGAUGAGAUGGAGCUAUUCAGCAUGGUGUGGAGGGAGUUUAAAACAAUCUUCCGACAACAAGAGCAGAUGAAAACGUUUCCUCCUUACGACGGUAUGGACGACAGAGAGAGUCAGUGGGGGAGGAAGAGUGCAAACAUGGCUGUGUGCAAGGAGGCUAACUGGAUUCCUUUCAUCCAGGUGAAACCCAGGCGAGAUCCGUGGCAGCAGAAGCUCUUCACAAAGCUCAAGGAAAAGAAUUCAGUUGAUGAGCUGCUCCAGAUGCAGUGCAAGUUUCUUCAGGUUGAAGGCCAGUGGUACAUAGCCGAUUAUUAG